CCAGAACUUCAUGUCAAGGUUCAACAUGCCGAACGCGAGAAGCAGCGAUCCUAUCCUUGGAUUGGUGAAUCAGGCUCUCAGCGGCGCAAGUGCCUUGUACGCGGGCAAUAAAGAUGCACAGGCUUCCGAGCUGAGUCGCGGCACGAACAUUAUCCCCGAUAAUAUCCGAAACAACGAUGAUAGACUCCACUACGUCUCCUCGCAGCGAGAAAGGCUUCAGACUUUGCUCCAAGCGUUCGACCGCGAGGCAGACAACGUGAGGGCGGCUAGAGAGGGCGGAAGCAGGUAUUACGAGGGCGGAGGUCUCUCAAAGAGCCGCAGUGAAGCCGAGUUUGAUAGCAUCGAGCAUGAUGAGGUGCUGCGGGAUCGUCCACCUUACCCUAUGACCCCCCCAGCCUUGGACAGGAGAUCUAGCAGCAGCUGGAUGCCGUGGAACUGGCAACGCGGAGCCCCUCCCGAAGGCGGACAGCCUCUCCCUCCCCAGGAUGAUCCUCUUGCUUAUGGGAGAGAUAGCACCCGCGCACGCUCUUCUGGGUUUGAUCUCGGAGAUCGUUAA